GUUGAGUAGUGUAAUGUGAUGGGAGUUAACUCACUCUCCUACUCUCACGCUAUUGCUGUAGUAAAAACCAGGAAGUAGCUGUGUGCGUGAUCGCGGAAGUGUCUCCGUUAUUUUUCCUGCAACUUGAAAACUGUUUCAAGAUAUUCUAAGUGAAAAGGCCUAGGACAUAACACAAUUCACAUUAUGUCUAUGUGGCGUUCCCAGACAGUUAGCGCAAGUAAUGUUCAAGCUGAUGAUGCUGAUGAUGAUUGGGAAACUGAUCCAGAUUUUGUGAAUGACAUAAGUGAAGAAGAACAGCGAUGGGGAGCCAAGACGGUAGAAGGGUCAGGCCGCCAAGGUGCUGUAAACAUUAAAAAGCUUCGGGAGGAAGUCCAAGUUGAUGAUAGCAAAUUCAAAAAGUCUCAGUUUGAGGCUGGACCAAAGGCAUCAUAUGGGUAUGGAGGUCAGUUUGGAGUUCAGAAAGACAGGAUGGAUAAGAGUGCUGUUGGUCAUGAGCACAUGGAAAAACUUCAACAACAUGCGUCACAGAAAGAUUAUGCGAAGGGGUUCGGGGGUAAAUAUGGUGUCCAGACAGAUCGUAAAGAUAAGUCUGCUGUUGGUUUUGAAUAUGAAGGAAAAGUUGAUAAACACGCCUCACAGAAAGAUUAUUCUACUGGUUUUGGUGGAAAGUAUGGUGUACAGACUGAUAGAGUUGAUAAGUCUGCUGUUGGUUUUGAAUAUCAAGAAAAACUUGCUAAACAUGAUUCUCAGAAAGAUUAUGCAACAGGAUUUGGUGGAAAAUAUGGUGUUCAAAAAGACAGGGUUGAUAAGUCAGCACUUGGGUUUGAUCACCAGGAGAAACUCUCCAAACAUGAAUCACAAAAAGAUUACGCCACUGGAUUUGGAGGCAAAUAUGGUGUGCAAAAGGAUAGGUUUGAUAAGUCUGCUCUAGGGUUUGAUCAUCAAGAAAAACUUUCUAAACAUGACUCUCAAAAAGGUAUGACUUCUAAUUUGAAAUCGCAAGUUGAUAUGAAGAAAGGAUUCGGUGGGAAAUUUGGGGUUGACAAGGGCAACCAGGAUUCUAGCGCAGGGUCUUUUGAUGAUAUGGCAGGUCCCAAGCCUUCAUACCAAAGAACAAGGACAGAUCCAAAAUCAAGUGGUGCUGGAAACUUGCGUGCACGAUUUGAGAACAUGGCCAAAGCAGAAGAAGAGGAGGGGAAAAAACGGGCUGAGGAAGAGAGGGCAAGAAGACAGGCUAGAGAAGAGAAGGAAAGACAAGAAUCUAAGAAAGUGGAAGAGAUGCGACAGAGAGAACUAAUUGCACAAAGGAAAGCAGAGGAAGCCGAUACACAUCAGGAACCAGAACCAGAACCAGAACCAGAGGAACGAUAUGAACCAGAAGAACGAUAUGAACCAGAAGAACGAUAUGAACCAGAGGAAAAGUAUGAACCGGAGGAACCAGAACCAGAGGAACCAGAAAGACCACCACCACUUCCAAGAAGAGAACCUGAGGAAGAAGUGAGCUAUGGCAAUGUUGACCAAGAUCAGCCAUCUGAAGACCUCUAUGAAGAGACACCUGAUAUGCAGGCAACAAAUGAGGCAGAACCACAGGGAACAUAUGAAGAUGUUCCAGCCCCACAACCAGAAGAGGAGGAUCCAUAUGAUGAUUUAAAUCCUUCAGGUGGUGUGGCUGAUGCUUUGUAUGAUUACCAAGCAGCGGAUGAUGAUGAGAUAUCUUUUGAUCCUGGUGAUGUUAUUACAAAUAUAGAACAGGUUGAUGAAGGCUGGUGGAGAGGAGAGUGCCAUGGAAAAACUGGCCUAUUUCCUGCAAAUUAUGUAGAAAUGAGGCAGUGAUUUUUGAUGUAGGAACACCUAUGUAACCUGUUCAUGGACUGUACUGCCCUCUAUGCCAAACCAUGAUGAUUCUAUGAACUUUAACCCUAUGAAGCAUAUUUGUAAAGAUUUAUGGAUUUUUAUUAUAUGAUUACAAAUGUUUUAAAUGAGUACAAAGCUAUUAAGUAAACAUAUUAUUUUAUUGAAUUCUCAAUCUUUUGCUUAAUAUUGCAAAGAAAAAAAUACCUUAGCAAAUUACAAUUAUAAAUCACUUAUUAUAUUUAUAUCCUGAAUGUUAUAUGAAUUUUGUGAGUUUUUGCAUAUAUAAAUAUAUAUAUAUAUAUAUAUAUAUAUAUAUAUGUCUAUAUAUGUGUGUAUAUAUAUGUAGAGUAUACUACAUACAUAUAUACACACAUGUGUGCAUAUAUAAAUGUGAUAACCAUAUGUUCCUUUCAUUAAAAAUGUGAUAAACACAUGUAACAUAAAAAUCAAUAAGCAGCAUUUACCAAUGGAUGGCAGCAAUUUGUGUUUAUUAUUAAAAUUAAAUUUACAGUUUUUAAACUUUAUACUAAAUUUAAUUAUAAAUUUUGAUCACCUUUUUUCAGAGACCCAGUAUUAUCAUGUCAUGUAUAUGUCCUUUGUGAAAGAAAUUUGGGAAAUAUUUUUUUCCAUAAGUAGUUUCCAAAAGGAAUUGCAUAUACAUGAAAAUACCGUAAAUCUUCUAAUAGAAACCAAAUACUCUGUUAAUAACCCAUGCUCUAAUAGAAACCCACCUUAAAAGUUUAUUUAUAAUAAUCUUAAUUGUGUAGUUUAUUUUUAUGAGUUGUCGAUGCAAGAAGCAUGACUGGUUUUUUAUUUUUUCUAAUACCUAAUUAUGCUUAAUAAUAGUGAACCAAUAUUCUAUUAGUAACUCAUGAUCUAGUUGUAACCCACCCUCAAAAACAAAGGAAUGGAGACCAAAGGUGUCUAUUGGAAUAUUUACGGUAUGUGCAGAGCCAGUAAUAGACCUACUAAUGUAUUUCUCAUUUGCAUAACAUUGAUGAUUACAUUAGCAUGCUUUGUAUUACAAUAUAUCUUGUAACUAAAUGUGUCUUUAGAAUUCCAUUUUAAUGAAUGGUGAAUGACCUCUAUAUUUAUCAUCAUCUGUAGUUGAAUAAAAUAGAGUUGUAUUUGUGUAGGCAAGUUAAUUUGUAAUUAAUAGUUAAGAUAGAUUUACAUCACUCACAAAUAUGUAAUCAUAAUCUAUUUUUGCAAUGGUUUGAUUAUGAGAAAAAAUCUUCCCUUGCUAUUAUUGUCCAUGUUUAUAUUAAAAAUGUAUAUAAUAUAUAUAUUUUGGACAUCACUAAAUUUCUUCUUUACGCCUGUUAAGUAGGGAAUCUGGCAUUCUUUUAUAUAAGAUAAGCAAUUUUCUAUCAUUGAAUUUUUUCUCAAUAAAUCUUAAGAUUUGGAAAAAGCAAUGCUA